ACUGAGAGAGCAGUUUCAUUCCUCUCAUUACAAAAACAUGACAGGCAGAGGGAGACCACGUAGGGCAAAGAGUCCAGACACUGAGUGUGCCAAGGCUAAAACUAAACCUGAGGAAAUGAAACGUAUUCCUGUGGCUAGAUAUCCAGGGAAAGACUUCACAGAAGGGAAGGCGAAUGGCAUCACAAAGGAACAGAAACCAAAGGCGCAGAAAAAGACAAGCCACACAGAGGAGAAGCCAUCUGUACAGAGCGCCUGUCAAGACAAGACCGCAAAACAUCUCAUAGAGGAGAUCAAGAAGGAGCUAAGUACACCUACAGGGAAGACAAAGGCUCCUGUACUAGGCACAAAAGCCAAAACCUGUGCAGGCAGGGCCAAAACGACUGACCAAUCUGCAGAGGAGAUAAAGACAAAGCCAGACACAGCAAAGGAUGCUCUGAAGACCCCAAAAGCAAAAAAAUGUGGUGAGAAGGCCAAAUCACCAGAACAAUUUGCAGAGAUGACGAAGGCGCAGCCAGAGGCACCAAAGGACGCCACGAAGGCUUCUAUAAAGACCCCAAACGCAAAAACAUGCGGUGGUAAAGCCAAACCACCAGGAAAAAUCACAGAGAUGCAGCCAGAGGCACCAAAGGACGCCACGAAGGCUUGUGUACCACGAGCCAGGUGUGAAGACAAAGUGGACUCUGUCCUCCACACAACUCUGGAAAAACUGAAGAUUAAAAGGGACGACAGAUCAGAUGCUGCAGGAGUCGUCAAUAAAAUAGUUGACAUUAUAAUUGCGCAUUUGAAAGAGACCCAUUGCUUUAAAGAAGUAGCAGAGCCACUACGUACUGGAAGUUACUAUGAAAAUCUAAAGAUUUCUGAUCCUGAUGAAUUUGAUGUCAUGCUGCCCAUUCCUGUCGACCGAGUGAACGUCAAUCCGUUUGGGGAUGACGGAGCCUUUUACAGUGUGGAAUUAAAACGUGGCAAGAGCCCUCUGCAAAAAUUUCAAAAGACGGACACUUUAUCCGCCAGCGAAAUGCUCAAGGAGUUCAGGGACGAAGUGAAGAAAUGUGUCAAGAAACAUACAGAGUGGGAGGUGACAAGAAAGAAAGCAGGCUGCCCUGCAGUGACCCUGCUCACAACAGUAAAAUCGAUCACCAUUUCACUGGAUGUUGUUCUCAGUAUCGUCGUCAAAUCGAGCUGGCCACCUUUCACCAAAGAAGGCAUUCAAAUAGAUGGCUGGCUGGGAACCAAAGUAAAGCAGCAAUACAAGGGAAUGCCGUAUUAUCUUGUCCCUAAAUAUGAAGGCAAGGGUACAGUGGAAAAUGACGGGGUCCUUGCCAGGGAUAUUUGGCGGGUUUCAUUCUCACAUGUUGAGAAGGCCAUACUGAAGAAUCACGGAUCGGAGAAGACGUGCUGUGAGAAAGUCGGAGCACGCUGCUGCAGGAAGGACUGUUUGAAGCUCCUAAAACACCUCCUCAGUCUGCUGAAGGAAAAGGACACUUCAUUUGACAAGUUCUGCUCCUACCACGCCAAGACCACGCUCUUACACGCCUGCUGCUCCAGAACUAAAGACACUGAGUGGAGGGCCUCGAGUCUGAGCGACUGUUUUCAGCUGCUCCUGGAGGACUUUGUAGCCCAUCUAGAAGUAGGUUUACUCCACAACUUCUUCAUCCCAACUCAGAACCUGCUGUCUGGUCCCGGACCGAAGAAGUGCAAUAGUCUGGCUCGUCGUAUCAAGGAGGAAUGUGACAACGGCUUUCCUAUAUUCAAGUGACAACUUCACAACAAAAAUUAAGUGUUUGGCUUAUAACUACUCCAGCCCCGAAGAGUUUGAAAUAGAGAUGCAGCGAUUGCAAAACCGAUGUUUAAAAUUACAAUUUGGCUGAUACCAACGUUUUUGUUUAUUUUGUUUUUGUGGGUUAUUUUUGUGCUGGGAAACAAAGACAUCUUCAUUAUAAAGAAAAUAACUGAGCUGUUUUAAAGUCAUUCAGCAUUUCAUCACAUGGCCUUUGAAUGAGCACAUAUUCAAUCAUACUAAUUCAUGAAACAACCUUUAAUAAAACCUUUCACGUGAAAAAUAUUCUUUUUUUUUAAAAGCCUUUUCAGCUGCGAUACAACUCCCUAUGGCAAUGUAUUGCACUUCAUGCCAGAGUCUUGUCCAGCCAUUGGCUUCUUCUCGGAACCAGCAGCUGGUUACUGUUGUCCGAGACCGACCGCAAAUAUCAAACAACAUUUAGCCGGCGCAAAAUUGAUGUAACACAACAGAUAAACAUCGGCCACUGCCAUCGGAGAAUGUCAUCUUAUUUGCAGAUGGGCCUAUCUUACACAAUUUAUUUCUAACAAUUCCAUUCUUGUGUCUAACAAAUAUAUUUUAACCUGAACUUGUUUUUAAUAAAUGUCUUCUUUUUCUCAUA